CCACAUACGGGCGCACACGCGGCUCGCUGCCGCCUGACAGUCUCUCUCGGAUGCGCUCCGUAAUGAGCAUUUGCAAGUCCUUAAGAAGCGGCCGCCUGCUCCUCUCCUCCUCUCCCUCACUCCCUCGCUCUCUCUCUCUCUCUCUCUCUCUCCUCCCGCCAUCGAAGGAGCCUUUUUGUUUGCCUGGCUGCAGUGACGGGGGCGGCUCGUCCGGCUCUUCAUUAUUCCCGGAUUCUCCCGGAGGCGUGCGUCGCUUCAUUCGAGCGCUCGGGCUCCCGUUCGCCUGGCUCUCCUGCUUGCAGCCCGCGCCCCGGACGGAUUGAUUGAAUUGCAAAUCGCCUGCCGCUCGCCGGAGAUGAAUGGGGGAGGUGACGUUGCCUGGGUGAGACUCGACUCCUUCCACCUUCUCCUCGCCUGUCCUGACCGUUCCCCUCACCGGCGCUAGGAGCAUUUCGGUCUUCGUCUACAUGGCGUCGCCCGCUGCCUCGGACACGACGGCGUCUCGGCUGUAGCCCGCCUCGGUAGCGGUGGCCCACCCAGACCUGCGGGGAUGGCGGCUGCUGGGACCGAAUCUGCCAGAUAAGACGUCUCUGCGUGUGUGGUGAGAAGCCAGCGAGCGGACAGGUCACACAUGCACCAGCCUGUGCCACCCAGCUGUCUAUGGUGUGCCGGAUCCCUCCUGAACCCAUGAGCCGGGCAGCGUCUCUGCAGAGGAAGACCACCUACCUGAUCUCGCUCACCCUCGUGAAGCUAGAGGCAGUCGAGGCCUCGGAGGGCGGAGGUGAGGGUGCGGCCCCUGCAGAGCUCGAGGGUGCCUGUGUGCGGGCAGAGGAGCAGGCUGCGGGCACCAGUGCCCAGGAGGGAGACGAGCAGCCCAGCCCUGGCAGCCCCGAGGAUGAAUCACCCAGCCACGAAAAGGCUCCACCACUUCCGGCUGGCGAGCUCUUGGGAAAGCGCCCCAUACAGACCACGCCACGACAAGCGGAGCGCGGGAGACGGGCGCCCCUCUCCGUUGCCCCUGUGACCUUUAGCUGUGCGGGCGAGGACCAGCACUUGGCACCUCUUGGAGUUCUGGAAGGUCCCCGGCCCUUUAGAGGGGUCCGAGAUGUUAAAGCCUGGAGAUCGGUGGAUGUGGACACCUGCCGGAUCCCGGUCCGAGUUGGCCAGAAGCCAGCGCUGCUUCUGAAAUCCCACAGCACCAGCCGACGGGAGGUGCCGCUGCCCACUGCCGCCAAGAGCUUGGAUCGGAGGGAAAAGGCCCCCAAGGCCGGGGGUAACCGCCUGUCCUGGCCGGAAAAUGAGGCCAAGCCCAAGCCGAGACCGAUUAUACCUGCCAGGGGCAGCCCCAGAACAGAAGGCCAUAGGGUCAGGACCACCGUGGCUCCCCUGUCCACAGUCACACUUCUGCCCAAAGCCCCCCGUAAGGGCAAGAGCCAGACACUGGACAAUAGCGACCUUCACGUCCUGGGCAAGGACUACGAAAAAUCCCGGAGUUCGGCACGCGACCGCAAGAUGCUCCGGUUCAUCAGCGGCAUCUUCACCAAGAGCUCGCCGGCGGCGGGACUGACGAGCUACCGGGCCCUGGAGCGGGAGUCGAGUGACGAGGACAUGCCGGAGGCUGCCUUUGUGAAUAACCAGGAGUGGACGCUGAGCCGCAGCAUAUCUGAGCUCCACCUGGGAGUUCUGGGAAGCCUGCGUAGUGGAAAGUCGGCACUGGUCCAUCGAUUCCUCACUGGAAGCUACUUGCCACUGGAGUCACCCGAAGGAGGAAGAUUCAAGAAGGAGGUGGUGGUGGAGGGACAAAGCCACUUGCUGCUUAUCCGAGAGGAAGGAGGACCUCCCGAUGCACAGUUUGCUUCCUGGAUGGACGCCGUGAUCUUUGUCUUCAGCUUAGAGAACGAGUCCAGCUUCCAGGAGGUCUUCCAGCAGUUCACCCAGCUGACCCAACACCGAAGCAGCAGCGAGUUUGCAAUCAUAUUGGUGGGCACUCAGGACAGGAUCAGCGCUUCCAACCCUCGGGUGAUUGAAGAUGGGCGUGCAGCGCAGCUUUGCGCAGACCUCAAACGCUGUGCCUACUUUGAGACCUGUUCCACCUAUGGGCUCAACGUGGACCGCGUUUUUAAUGAAGCGGCUCAGAAAAUCGUGGCGAUCAAGAAACAGAGCGCGCUGAUGGCAGCCUGCAAGUCUCUCCCCAGCUCUCCGAGUCACUCGGCAGGAUCCACGCCCGUCUCCGGACAAAUGGCGAUGCAGACCAGCAAUGGAGGCCACACCAGCGACUACUUCUCCUCUCUGCCAUCCACUCCAAACAUCCCACACCGGGAGCUGCGGGGUGAGCCGGUGCCAGGCUCUGUGACCCCUGGGUCUCUGCACCGUGGCCCUCGCCGGAGGACGUCUCUCUUCACGAAUCGCAGGGGCAGCGACUCGGACAAGAGAAGCCUGGACAGUAAAGGUGACAACAUUGGCAUUGGCCGUGCCAUCCCCAUCAAGCAGAGCCUCUUAUUAAAGCGAAGCGGCAACUCGCUGAACAAGGAGUGGAAGAAGAAAUACGUGACACUCUCGAACAACGGCAUCCUGUCGUACCACUCCAGCGUCCACGACUACAUGCAGAACUGCCACGGGAAGGAGAUCGACCUGCUGCGCACCACGGUCAAAGUGCCAGGGAAAAGGCCGCCACGUGCCAUCUCAACGUGUACAUCUUCAGCGGGCAUCAACGGGCUGGUCAAGGACGUGACAGGCACUUCUGUAUCAGACGCUUCUACCGCCUCCCUCGGAUCCAGCAGCUUGCCACCUCCGGAGGAACCGUCUAAAAUAGAGAAGAGUCUCCAGCGGUGCCCGUCUUCUCUGUCCAGCAAGGGCUCGAUCUUUUCAGUGUCCAUGUCUGAAGGCAGUCCUGCAGCGGAGGGCAUUGGUAGCAGUGCCAGUGCCAAAGACCCACCCCAGUCCCAGCCUUCACCCAUGAUUGAAAGGAAGAAGCAGCGGAGGAAGAAGAGCAUGAACCUGAAGGGCGACACUGCAAUGGGGCAGGCAGAGGCUAAGCGCAAAAUGUGGAAAUUAAAAAGCUUUGGUAGCUUGAGAAACAUUUACAAAACAGAGGAGGAGACCUUCGAGUUUAUGAUCGUGUCCAGUACCGGGCAGACGUGGCACUUUGAAGCACAGAGUCUGGAGGAGAGGGACUCGUGGGUACAUGCCAUCGAGAGUCAGAUUCUGGCAAGUCUGCAGUCGUGUGAGAGCAGCAAGAACAAGGCCAAAAUGGACAGUCAAAGUGAGGCGGUCGCUCUGCAGGCCAUCAGAAACACAAAGGGCAAUCACUUCUGCGUGGACUGUGGGGCGCUGAAUCCCACCUGGGCCAGCCUCAACCUGGGGGCGCUGAUCUGCAUCGAAUGCUCGGGGAUCCACCGAAACCUGGGCACACAUCUGUCUCGGGUGCGCUCACUGGAUCUGGACGACUGGCCACUGGAGCUGACCCUCGUACUCAAUUCCAUCGGCAACGAGAUGGUCAAUAGCAUCUGGGAAAGAAACACACAGAGCCGCAGCAAGCCGAGCCCAGAGUCGUCUAGAGAGGAGCGGGAGGCAUGGAUCCGGGCGAAGUACGAGCAGAAGCUCUUCCUGCCUGUGCUGCCCCCAUCUGACCUGCCAGUCCCAACGAGGCUUCUCAACACCGUGCUGGACAGGGACCUCCAGGGUCUGCUGCUCCUGCUCGCUCACAGCCGGAAGGAGGAGAUCAAUGCCCCUCAGCCACGAGGAGACAAAGACCGGCGCUCUGCACUGCAUGCCGCCUGCCAGCAGCCCGACGUGGUCAUGACUCAACUGCUCAUAUGGUAUGGCAGUGAUGUGAAGGCCCGGGAUGCCCAGGGACAAACAGCAUUGGCAUAUGCCCGCCGGGCAGGGAGCCAGGAAUGCAUAGAUAUCCUCGUCCAGCACGGCUGUCCCAACGAGGGCUUGCCAAUGCUCCCCACACCGAAACUCAGCCGCAAGAGUAGCUCCACGAGCAUCGGAAGAAGCAACUCCCGCCGGGGGAUCUCCUAGCCCAGUGACCUGCGUCCACUAGAAGAAGAGGAGGAGGAAGUGGAAAAGGAGGAGGAGGAAGAGGAGGAGGAGGUCGGGACAUCACGGUGCCCACAUGGACAAGUGAGCCGGGAGCAGCGCCCGUGCCCAGCCUGUCUCAUGGAGCCAGUGAGCAAUCUGUGUCCACUGAUGGCCUGCAGCCGGCCAGGACUUACCUAAGCAAUAGACAAGCAGCGAGGGACAGGGAAGCAAGCCGCGGCCAAGUGGACGCACCCCCCGGAGUCUUGGGGUGACCUCUUUCAAAGGUGAUGUGGAUGGCGCCGUUUACCAUCAGCUUAUUCAGUAUUCCGUCCAAAAGAAGAGCAUCCAUCCAUUACGGUGACCCCUGCCCACUAAGACAUGUUCUUCCUUACAUGAGACCCUCAAUAUCUUGCCCAUCCUUGACCUCCCCUUAGGACAUCUGCCCAUCCUCAGGUGACCCGAUGACCUUCCAGGAGACCAGGAGGCGCCCUUAUCAACUCUUGUGGUCUUGUUCCGCCCAGGAAAGCUGGUGGCCACUGAGAGUCCCGUGUCGGCGCUAUACACGCUUCACGUCCUGUUCCCUUGGGGCCACUUGGCCGGCCAUUCUUCUAGCCCAAGAGACUCUGUGUCCAGCCUUCCAUCUCAGGAGUUCUCGAGUGCUCACUCGCAUGUUCUUUCAGUCCUUCUGCCCACCAUGCAGAUGCCAUUCUCACUGCCCGUGUGUGUCACCUCCAAUCAGGAGACUUGUAUCCACUCAGGUACCCCAUCUUCUUGAAGGGACGUGCGCCUACUCCUGGAGGUCUUCUGUCCAUCUUUCUCAAGGAGUUCAUGGCCGCAGUCCUCUGUCCAGUAGGUUCGCCUCCGCAUCCCGUCCAGUCCUUUUUGUCCACUCCCCCCUUUCCCAGGAGGUCCUUAAUUGACACCCGGCUUUGCACUCCUGUCCUUCUUCUCAAACAAGUGGGUCACCUGAGUCCCGACAUCCCCUUGUGACACUACAAUGCAAGUCACCUCUGCAGAAAAUCCCAGUGGUCAGUGGGCUCAGCUGGACGCAGAACUGGACUGCCCCUGUGUGACGUGGCAGCUUCAUGUAGUGGACACCUCACUUUGGACUUUUCAGAAUCCUCCCGUGUUUGAAAAGAGCGACGGCCGGACAGGGUGGGCGAGGGUGGAACUGCCUCUCCUUGCUAUAUGUCUUGCAUCCUCACGAUUGUGGCAGCAGCCCGCUGACCCUUUAAACCUUGCUGUGCUGAAGUGUCACCAUGUGGCUCAGGUGACCGGCUAGUGGCUUUGCACCUUUACUGGGUUGAACAGGAGGGACGUUGGGACCUCCUGAGGUGGCCGCAUGCUGAAGACCGGUCACCGUGACGACGGGAAAGUGCACUAUAGGCUGAUGAGCAGGUCUGGAGGAGGCGGGGCUUGUGGAGGACACUGGGCGGCGUGGCCACGCCCCCUCCCUACUUGCACAGUUACAGAGGUGUGCAGAUGUGGCUGUGCACAAGCAGAUGGACACAUUUAUGAACACACACACACACACACACACAUGUACAUGCAUAGAAGAAACGGCAGACGCGCAAACACGCAGUUGUAGACACACACACACACUUGACUGCGCACAUGCAGACACACAAUUGUAGACAUUUCAACACACACACUGCACACUCGUGACGAUGCACACAGACAAUACAGGUGACGUCAUUCUAGCACACGCACACCCCAGUGACGCUCACACACACACACAACAUCAGACUAAGCUGCGCACAUGCAGACACACAUUUAUGAACACACACACAAUCCCAGGCACUGUACAGCAAACACACACACACACACACAGAGUUCUACACACCCGUGGUACCCCGAAGCCGCGCGCCGCCCUGCCCUGCUGUCAUUUGUACCCGUGGUUUUGUCGUCCGUGCGUCCAGCUGGGUGUUCUUGACCGUCCGUGUCGGUGCGGGAGACGCUCGUCCUCCGGUUGUGCUGCUGUUCUGUCCAGUGUUUGACUGCCGUGUUUCCUACUUUUUGAUUUUGUACCGUUGUUACUUUUUUCGACUUCAAGUUGUAUAUCGGAGGGGGGGGGGGGUUUGGGGUGGGGGUCAGCGUCUCGUGACCCAUGAACUCUGUGGCCACCAGCGGGGGAGGGGUGCCCUUCCUUUUUAUAAUAAACUUGAUCUGUG